GGCCUCUGACAGGAAGGAUAGGUGCGAUUUGCACGCAGACUUGGCUGGGAUAGUCCAUUCAUUGGGUUCCUGGCACUCUUUGGUGCUACUCACUGCUUGCUGGUCUCUCGAAGUUUUAAAGCUGCCACAUGCGCCCACCGUACAUCCUUCCUUGUGUGUUGAUACAACUACCUCCUCCUUCGCAAAGUGCAGCAUGCACAAUUCAAGAACUCUACCAUGGCAGAUACAUCACCAUCGAUAUGAGCUUCCUGAUGAUGAAACGCGCUUUACUUUGGAGCUCGAGUUUGUGCAGUGCCUGGCGAACGCAGAUUACUUGCACUGGCUGGCGCUCAACAGGUACCUGGAGGACCCUGCCUUUUUGGCUUUUUUGCGGUAUCUACACUACUGGCGACAGCCAAAAUAUGCGAGAUUUCUAGUCUAUCCCCAAGCAUUAGCCAUGCUGGAAUUAUUGGGUCGAGCAGAGGUGCGGCGCGAGCUGGGUCGUGGGCAGUACAAAGAGUUCUUGCGGGAGCAACAACUGCUACAUUGGCGAUUUUACUUUAAUAAUCGGCAACGACGGCUCGUGGUCAACCCCCCCAACGCAUCGAAAGAAACACUGAAAGCCGGUGGUACAUGGACGACGGUGCUGAAUGAGCGACCAGUCCAGGCUGAGCCUGAAGCAGAGCAGUUAAAAUUAGGGUCUGGGAAUGGGGAAGGAAGAGAUGUAACGGAGGUGAAGUUGGUCGAGGGAGGU